UAGGGGCCCUUUUGGGGGUCUGGAAUAAAUUGCAUUAAUAACUGCCUGUCCUCAUCGGAAGAAUCGCCAUGACCUGAUUUUUGUAAUCUUUCUUCUGUCUGGCUUCUUGUCCUUUUGUCCAUCUUCGUCUUCAAUUCCACAUGUUGGACUAAUUCCAUUCCUUUACCCUCUUAUUUGGCUUCAUCUCUCCCAACCUUGACAGAUCAUGGCGCUGGCUGGAGAUCAGCGGAGGCAGAUCCUCAAGGUUCUUAUGACAUCGCUUCUCUUGGAUUUGAUAUCCUUCACUUUCAUUCUUCCGUUGUUUCCCUCUCUACUUUCUUUCUACCGAAACCAAGAUCCCGCCCCCAACUCUCUUUUGAACCGGGUUUUCCACUAUCUGAACGCAUAUAAGAAUUCCUUUGCUGGAUCAAUCGAUUCUCGCUACGAUAUUGUUCUCCUCGGGGGCGCGUUGGGGUCGCUAUUUUCCUUUCUCCAGGCCAUUGCCGCUCCCUUCAUCGGCCGUCUUUCUGACAAACAUGGUCGCAAAACGGCUCUCCUCUGCUCGAUGGCUGGCAACACCCUCAGUGUCGCUCUUUGGGUUGCGGCAACGGACUUUCGCACUUUCCUUGCCAGUCGCAUUGUGGGUGGCUUGAGUGAGGGCAAUGUUCAGCUGGCCAAUGCCAUCGCCACGGAUAUCAGCGAUGAGAGCCAACGAGGAUCAACCAUGGCGCUUGUAGGCGCUUGUUUUAGCAUUGCUUUUACUUGUGGGCCGGCGCUGGGAGCCGCGCUGUCGAACAUCACCACCGUUGCUGCGAAUCCGUUUGCGACUGCUGCGGGGGUUUCUCUCCUCCUUAUCGUCGUGGAGACAGUGUACCUGUAUUUCUGUCUUCCAGAGACACACCCCCGUCUCACCAAGCUUAGACAUUCGAAGCCGACCGAGGCUGCGGCUUCAGAAAACAUCAAUAACACCUCUUCUACUGCUAAGACCCCCGCUCCACGGAGACAUACCAACAAGCCGAGCUUGCUCAACUUCCUCCACCUGCUUUUCCUCCUUCCAUUUUCGGGCCUGGAGUUCUCCCUCCCCUUCCUCACUGCGACAUUUUAUGCCGGAAAUAAGGCCAGUCCUUCCGCAUUGAAUGGUCGUCUGUUGUCGAUGAUGGGUUUAAUCGCAUCUUUGCUUCAGGGCACUGUCGUCCGCCGCUUGCCACCUCUCGUGACCGUCCGCGCCGGUGUCGUGGCCUGCGCAAUCGCAUUCUUCUUACUGGCGCGUGUGCAGUCUAUCGCGGGACUAUAUGGUGCUGGUGGUCUUUUGGCCAUCACAAGCGCGACAGUGGUGACGGGCUUGAACAGCCUGGGUAGCUUUGAGGCACAGGAAGGCGAGCGUGGCGCCGUUCUGGGCCGCUUGAGAAGCUGGGGCCAGGUAGGACGAGCGGCAGGCCCGCUUUUGUUCUGUUCGCUUUUCUGGUGGGCUGGGCGCGAAAUCGCCUAUACUACUGGUGGCUUUGCUAUGCUGGUUGUCUGUGUGGGAGUCUUUACGACUUUGAAGUCGCCUCCUAUCCAGACGGCCCCCAAAGCCAAGAAGGACAGCUAAACACUUUCACAUCCGGUCUGGUCUGUACAUCAUGUUUUGAAUCAUUUGGGCCUGUGGCUGGCAAUGUGUUUUCAAGUCGAAUGUAUCUUAAAUGUCUUCGUCCUAAGUUGGACUUUGUACUGUAUAUAUGUACCAAUAGAUUUGACAACACUCUUUUGGAGCCCAGUACAGAGUAGAAAAUAUGUAAGUCUGCAUAAUCAAAAUGACACAUAAAACAUGGAAUAUACUAGUACAA